AUGACAGAACCAAUGACAUCACCGGCACCAGUGCCGGCGCCUCCCCCCGAGAAACGGAUGCAGAAACGACGCUCAAUCGGCGAGUGGGACUUUGUGAAAACAAUCGGAGCAGGCUCGAUGGGCCAGGUUAAACUCGCCAAGUCCAGAGUCACCGGCGAGCUCUGCGCCGUCAAAGUGAUCCCGAAGGCCACAGCCCAGCACAAGCGACCGCCCGAUGAAGAGGCCAAGGAGUCGGACAUCAGCAAAGACAUCCGAACGGUCCGAGAGGCAGCCAUUGGCAAACUACUGCACCACAAGUACAUUUGCGAAAUGCGCGAAAUGUACACCAUGACGAACCACUACUACAUGGUGUUUGAGUACGUGGCUGGAGGCCAGAUGCUGGACUACAUCAUUUCGCAUGGCUCUUUGAAAGAACGACACGCGCGAAAGUUUGCUCGAGCCAUCGGAUCGGCUCUGGACUACUGCCACCAGAACAGUAUCGUGCACCGGGAUCUCAAGAUUGAGAACAUUUUGAUUUCAAAGUCCGGAGAUAUCAAGCUGAUUGAUUUUGGCCUCUCGAAUCUGUUUGCGCCCAAUUCCCAGCUCAAGACCUUUUGCGGCUCGCUGUAUUUUGCAGCCCCCGAGCUGCUGAAGGCACGACCGUACAUUGGCCCCGAGGUCGAUGUGUGGUCGUUUGGCGUAGUUCUCUACGUCCUGGUGUGCGGCAAGGUCCCCUUUGAUGACAAGAACAUGCCGCUACUGCACGCCAAAAUCAAGCAGGGCAAGGUUGAGUAUCCCAACUUUCUGAGCCCCGAGUGCAAGGACAUUUUGGCACGUAUGCUCGUGGUCAAUCCGCUACAGCGAGCUACGCUGGCGGAAAUUCUGCAGCACCCAUGGAUGAGCAGGGGCUACGAAGGCCCUCCCGACUCGUACAUUCCAUACAGAGAGCCUCUGACGCUGCCCCUGGACCCACAGGUUGUCCAGGAGAUGAGCGGUUUCGAAUUUGGCUCUGAGGCCGAAAUCGCCCAGAAUCUGGCGGCGCUUCUUGAAUCGCCAGAGUACAUCUUAGCCUGCCACAACUGGUACAAGGCACACGAGAGCUCGCCGUCUACCUCCCGGUUCUCGUUCGACCUGCUCAAACGAACGAGCGGUGGCAUGGGUGGUGGAUCAUCAGAUUCCAUUGAUCUGACCGCCACCCCUAUGAGUACUGCCGAUCCCACAGCGGCCUACCACCCACUCAUUAGCGUGUACUACCUGGUGCGUGAGCGAUUGGAACGGGACGCUCGAAGAGAGCAAGAGCGGGCUGGUGCCCCCUUUGUGGGCUAUCGUCAGGGCGCCGGGAGCGGCAGUGGCAGCGACGAGUUUGGUCAUCAUUCUGGCCACCAUUCUGGUCAUCAACAUAGUCACAGCGGCCAUGUGAGCAUUCCAGCUCCUCCCACAGUGGUGCCUCCUCCUGAGGCUGCUCACUCGCACCACACCCACACCCACAGUCAGUACUCGCCAUUCCUGUCUGGCCAGGGUCCCUCCCGAAUCAACGUCUGUCAACGAGAAGCAGGCUCGAAAACCGGUUGGAUACGGCACUCCUGGCACUCCCAGCAGCGCGAAGUUCUCUUCGGGGACACCCGGCAGUCCUCUGCGCAACGAGCGGUCCAUUCGGCAUCUCCAUCGGUGGAUAUGGCUGGUCUUGGGGUUCCUCACAUGCCCAGCGCAUCUUCUAACGCUUCUGGCUCUCAUGUGACCCCCCACUCGUCUCAGGACGGCGUCGACGGGCCUCCGCAGACUCCUCCUACGCGACCCACGGCAACUUUCGCGCCUGGUUCUGCCCAGCAGCCGCCAACUACCACCCGAAAGCAGUACCACCCAUCUGCGCGGGCGAAGUCAAUGGGUCACGUGCGCAAAGAGUCAAUCAACACCAAGGCGGCGGCUCCUCCUUCGGAGUCCAUGCCUCCUGUUCCUCAAGAGUUUGAGGAUGACGUCGCCCCUGUGCAGUCGCGUCAGCACCACGUUAAGAUGGACGACGUGGAUCUGGCAGACCACACGCCUACACCCUCGAUCGACUAUCCUAAGCAGGUAUUCCUCAAGGGUUUCUUUUCCGUGCAGUCGACGUCCACCAAGUCUUUGCCGUUUAUUCGGUCUGACAUUAUCCGUGUACUGACUCAGCUGGGCGUGCGGUUCAAGGAGAUCCGGGGUGGAUUCAUGUGCAUCCACGAGCCCAGCCUUGCGCGUGAAGAAGACCCUUCGCCCGGCCACCUGAGUCCACGGGUGGAUACGGGCGAUACAUCGAGCUUGUCGCCUCCCGGCUCGCCUGCGAAUGCUCACUGGCGUAAGCUGUCGUUUAACGGAAGAAGACGGGAUCAUUCUGGUUCCGGCCACUUUGAUUUCUCCGACGACUUCUCUUGUGACUCGUUUGGCGGCUCUACGGAGCGGCAUCAUGCCCAGGGCGGAGGCAGUGAUAUGUUGGGCUACACAGCGACAAAUUCGUCGGUGCGAACGCCGCUGCAGUUUGAGAUUUACAUUGUCAAGGUUCCGAUUCUGUCGCUGCAUGGAGUGCAGUUUAAGAAGAUGACGGGUAACUCGUGGCAAUAUAAGAAUCUGGCGGGUAAGAUUUUGGCUGAGCUGAAGUUAUAG